ACACGAUCAACUUCUUUUAAGACGUACCGCCGAUGAAAACAAUGUCUAUUAUCUUGCUGAUCGCCAUGAAUUCAAUAGUCUAGCGAAUCAUUAUCUAGCAAAUACACACAAUUUUGAAAUGCUUGGUAUUAUUGAUGACAUUCAAAAUGUACAAAAACAAUUAAACAAUAUUAUGAAAUCGAUCGAUUUCGAUUUGAAUCAAUUGGAACGAAAGAAAUUAAUUCCUACAAAUUACUUGACUAAAUUUCAAGUUGGCAACAAGCCAAAUAUUAUUUUACCCUAUCUUUAUUUCUUACCAGAAACGCAUCCAGAUGGUCAUAUUACAUUACAACCUCGACUUGCGUCAUGUAAAAACGCUCCAAUACAAACAUUAGCAACUUUUCUUCAUCAACUUCUUCGGCCAUUGUACGAAAAAACUUCUCAAUCCACUACAUUUCUCAAUGGAGCUGAUUUCAUACAAAAAACUCAACACUAUUGUAUUCAAAAAGAUAAUCUACUACCAAGGACAAAUUUUGUCACAUUUGAAAUUCAUCAUUUAUAUUCGGCAAUUUCACAUGAAGAUAUUCUUACAGCAUUAAAUCAACUUCUAGUUACGCCAGUCCAUCAAGGUCAACGUCAUCAACGAUUAACCAGUGAAGCUGUUGAAGAAUUAACAAGAUUCGUUUUAUCGAAACUUAUUUUUACUUACAAUGGAAAAAUCUAUCGAUAUUUAAAAGGACUUCCAUUGAAUAUGCCACUGACAGAGUUAUUAUGUAAUAUUUACUUACAGUAUUGGCAACUACCUUUAGUUAGACAAAUACGUGUGGCAAAUGAAUUUUAUGGUCGAUAUCAGAAUAAAGGUAUUAUGACAUGCUCUGAAGUUAACAUGGAUAACCUACAAACAACUUUUAACGAACUCAAACAACAACAUCCGAAUAUAGAAAUAUCAACAUCUCUUGGUCUUAAUGUCAAUUUUCUUAGUGCUACUCUGGAAAAUAAAAAUGGUAAUUUAUAUACUUAUAUGUAUCAUGAUCCAACAAUACAACCAUUCUUAUUACCAUAUAUUGCUCAUCAUCCAAGAUUAGGUCAUAGACAAUGGUUUCGUUUUGCUUUAAUACGUGCUGGUCUCUAUUGUGUUUGUUACGAGGAUUUCGAAGAAGAACGUGUUCACAUUGAAAUAACAUUUCUGGCCAAUGGUUAUUCGUUGGCUUUUGUCCAAGAUCAACUCAAACAAUUUUUAAUACGAUUGAAUCCUUCUUCCGGUGAGCAACCGAUGGAUCUGAAUCGAGGAACAUACACUUCACUUCGUAUUCAAAUGCUUCGUCAUUUUCGUCAAAAAAACGUUCAUCUGGAAGAACGACAAGAAUUAGAAAACAAACAUCAAUUGGUCGAAUUGUAUUAUUUAUAUGAUUGGGGUUCUAGACAUGAAUUUAAUCAAUACUUUUAUCCACACUGGACCCGAACAAUCAACAAAGAUCCAAGAUUUCUCAAACAUGGAUUAAAAAUUAUUCUCAAUUCCAAACAUUGUUUUUUAUCGAAUACUCUUUUGGUUCAAUACAAAGCAAAUUAA